AUGCAAACAAACAUAUAUAUGUACUUAACGUUUCCCAUUCUAAAACACUCUAUCUAUCUAUCUAUCUAUCUAUCUAUCUAUCUUAACUUGACAUCUCUCUCUCUCUACGAUUUCCCAAAUUCUAAAAACACUAUCUAUCUAUCUAUCUAUCUAUCUAUCUAUCUAUCUAUCUAUGACAGGCUUAACGUUAUCUAUCUAUCUAUCUAUCUAUCUAUCUAUCUAUCUAUGUCUGUUCAUAAAUUGUUUAUUUAUCUAUCUAGCCUCAAAUCAAAUAUAUAUGUACAAUUUAUGACAUGCUUAACAUUAUAUAUCUAUCUAUCUAUCUGUCUGUUCAUAAAUUGUCUAUCUAUCUCAGCCUCUCCCAAACAUCUAUCUAUCUAUCUAUCUAUUUCCCAUUCUAUCUAUCUAUCUAUCUAUCUAUCUAUCUAUCUAUCUAUCUAUGACAGGCUUAACGUUAUCUAUCUAUCUAUCUAUCUAUCUAUCUAUCUAUCUAUCUAUCUAUGUCUUCAUUAUAUAUCUAUCUAUCUGUCUGUUCAUAAAUUGUCUAUCUAUCUCAUGACAGGCUUAACGUUAUCUAUCUAUCUAUCUAUCUAUCUAUCUAUCUAUCUAUCUAUCUGUUCUAUCUUUAUUUAUCUAUCUAUCUAUCUAUCUAUCUAUCUAUCUAUGACAGGCUUAGCAUUAUAUAUCAUCUAUCUGUUAUUCAUAAAUCUAUCUAUCUAUCUCUAUCUAUCUAUCUAUCUAUCUAUCUAUCUAUCUAUCUAUGACAGGCUUAACGUUAUCUAUCUAUUUAUCUAUGUCUGUUCAUAA